AUGGUGGCUCAAUUUGAAGCAGCCGAGGCUCGUAACAAGCUCGAGGACCUCUCUGGGAUCAAGCUGAAAUCUGGCGAGAACCCAUACAAUGCUCUUAUUGAGGCUUGUAACGACGAUGUUGCUGAGAUUCAAACUCUCUACUCCGUCCAUCGGACGAAGAGAAACGCCCAACAGGCGGAGAAGUUCUUGGAUACUGCUUUCCAGGAGCUCAUCAUUGACCAAACCCUCCUGAGGCUUGAGGAUCCGACUGUUGAGCCAGGUUUUCGUGAUAGCAGAAACUGCUUGGUCUUUUGGGUUCGACCCCCCGACCAUAUCAUUCGUCUGGCUGCCAAGGUCAACGAGUUGCUGCAGAAAGCCGCACCCAGUGUCUGGCUUAUGCCUUCGCACAGAAUGCAUAUGACAGCUCUUGAGGUUGCUUUCUCAAAGACACCCCAGGAGAUUGCUGCUUAUGUUUCUACGCUGCGACCUUCCAUUCCUGACAUUGUCAACUACACAUACUCGCAUAGAUCCCGCCUGGUCAAGCCAAUGGUCUCCUACGAUCUGUCUGCUUUUGCUCUCUCAUUCCUGCCCGCCUCAGGUGAACAAUCGCUUUCACCCCCUCUCACUGAACCUGUUGCUACAGAUGGUAUCACGCAGGGAGACAACUACACCUACCACCAUCUACGCCGUGAUGUGUACGACAAGGUGCAGGCGGGCGGCGUUGUAGUUGGUUCAAGGUAUCAAGUCCCCAGCGCGCAUAUCACGCUCGGACGGUAUCUCAACCACGAUGACCAUGAUACGCCAGAGAAGAGGGCGGCGUGGGUCAAGGCUAUAGAUGAGAUCAAUGCAUGGCUCGAGAAGGAGGUUUGGGAUAACCCAGACUCCGAGUACAACGGCGAAUGGCUCGUCGGUCAUGAGAGAGGCAUUGAUGCGCGAAAUGGCGCACUCUGGUACGGAGGCGGCAAGACCAUCAUGUUGGGAGAAGGAUUUUAG